GGUAAAUGGCAAGAUAAAAGGAGCAAAUGUCUCUUGUCCUGCUUACACACACAAACACACUCACCACGUGCCUAGCUGUCGGUCUCUUUGUGGACGCUAAAGGAAGGGAUCCACUCUCCAAACAGCUGCUGAAGCUGAAGCCCACCUGUAAAUUCACAUCUCAAUCCAACAGAGGACCUUUGGGAUGUAGUGGAAGGGAAGAUUCGCAUCAACAAUGCCCACCCGCCACCACCCGAUGAAGCCAACAGAACUACGUCAUUCACAGAAAGUAGAGAUGAGAUUCUGAGGCCACCAAGUUGUACCAUGGAUGCAGCAGAAUUUCGACGCAGAGGCAAGGAGAUGGUAGACUAUGUAGCUGACUACCUAGAAGACAUAGAAAAGCGGCCCGUCUACCCAGAUUUGGAACCAGGAUAUCUUCGCUCUUUAAUCCCAACUGAGGCCCCGCUGGAGCCUGAAAGUUACGAGGACGUUAUAAAAGAUGUCGAGAGAGUCAUAAUGCCAGGGGUCACCCACUGGCACAGCCCAUACUUCUUUGCUUACUUCCCAGCAGCAUCCUCUUACCCCGCCAUGCUGGCUGACAUGCUUUGUGGAGCUAUUGGCUGCAUUGGAUUUUCCUGGGCUGCCAGUCCAGCCUGCACCGAGCUAGAGACAGUGAUGUUAGAUUGGCUUGGGAAGAUGCUGCAGCUGCCUGAGUGUUUUAUAGCUGGGACACAUGGCCGUGGAGGUGGUGUCAUUCAGGGCACAGCCAGUGAGGCCACCCUGAUGUCCUUGCUCGCUGCCCGCUGUAAAGCAGUCAGGCGGAUUCAGGCGGCCAACUCCAAAAAAUCUGAGUCUGAAAUCCUUUCCAAGCUGGUGGCAUACACAUCUGAGCAAGCUCAUUCUUCAGUGGAGCGUGCUGCUCUGAUUGGAGCGGUCAUGAUGAGGAAGGUGCCUACAGACAAGCAUUAUGCGGUCAGAAAGGAAACGCUUCAGAAGAUGGUGGAGGAGGACAAAGCAGCUGGACUCAUCCCUUUCUAUUUCUGUGCGACGCUUGGCACCACUCCAUCUUGUGCUUUUGAUCACCUCACUGAGCUGGGGCCCUUAUGUAAUGAGGAAAAUAUGUGGAUGCACAUUGAUGCAGCAUAUGCUGGGAGUGCAUUCAUCUGUCCCGAAUUCAGACCUUUACUGAAUGGCGUCGAGUUUGCAGACUCUUUCAACUUUAACCCACACAAGUGGCUUUUAGUCAACUUUGACUGCUCCGCAAUGUGGGUGAAGGAGAGAGCAGACAUCAUUGGAGCCUUUAAAAUGGAGCCACUUUACCUGAAACAUGAAAACCAGGAAUCAGGACUGGUGACAGAUUACAGGCACUGGCAGAUUCCACUGGGAAGGAGAUUUCGCUCGCUGAAGAUGUGGUUUGUCUUUCGUAUGUAUGGGCUCAAAGGUCUGCAAGCUCACAUACGCAAGCAAGUGGGCCUGGCCAAGGAGUUUGAGAGUCUGGUGCGAGCAGACAAAAGGUUUGAGAUCUGUGCUGAAGUUGUCCUGGGAUUGGUCUGCUUCAGGCUCAAGGGUCCCAAUGAGCUGAACCAGGAACUGCUGAAAAGGAUCACCAAGACCAGAGAGAUCCAUCUGGUGCCUUGCCAGCUCUCGGGCCGCUUUGUCCUGCGCUUUGCCAUCUGCGCCCGCACUACAGAGUCACGCCACAUCCAGCAAGCAUGGCAGCACAUCACACAACUGACAUUUGAGCUUUUGCAGGAAGCCGGUCAUUAACCAAAGUGCCGGAAAGGGGUCGUCCACCCUGAGCCCCAAAUGAGAACCAAAGUUGGGACCGAAGUUUGAUGGAGUUUAAAGAUGUAAAAUGCCAUAAAGGGAAUGUAAAGUAAUUUCAGACUUUAUCUAGCAGGCACUUGUGCUUCUGUCUGCAGUAAAGAAUCCAGUCUAGUUAUCAGUGGUAAAUAUUUUGCAUAUUUUUUUGAUGUUGCAAAUUAAUGUAUGUGUAUGCAUAAACUUACUAAUUACUACAGAUCUACAAAAAAUAAAAUAUGCAGAGUUCUAAAUAUAAGAGUUUAUAUCUGCACGUUCUCCCUCUGUUGACUUAAUGUCGUCUCUCACUGAUAAGUAAUCGUGUUAUUGUCCACAUAUCGUGCACUUGUCUAUGCCGGCUCUGUGUCUUCUGUGUGUAAAAUGUGGUUUGGGGUAAAUUGGGGUGUUUUGUGUGGUUGAACUGAGGUUAAAUUAUUUUUGAGUUUUGCAAAGAAUGUAUCGUGCACUUUGUGAAUUUAUGAGUCAGUGUUUGUCUGCAGCUUUCUUUUUAGCUUCCAGAGCUAUAAAUGAGUGAUAUGGGAGGGCUUCAUCAAGUGUCAGGUUAAAGAUUUCUGAUAUUGCUCGUAGUGAUUAGGUUAAGUGCACUCAUUUAUUUAUGACCCAGUUUGCAAAAGAAGUAUUUUUUUUUAUAUAUAUUUAAUGGCAGAUUAUACAGUGUCUUAUGACAGUGGGUCAGUAUUCCCUAACAGCAGCACAAAGCAAUCACUCAAUCAAAGCAAUCACUGUGAGUGGGAAUAAAAUUAAAUUAUGCUCCUUUGGGGGCUUUCCCCCCAGUGUUCAAAUAUACUAUAUUUCACUAUAAUUCUGUGCUCAGACAGAAAAAAAUGAUCAAGAUGAAGGUUUUAAACCUAAAUUCUGUCAAUUUAUUAAAUUAUUAAACAUUCCUCGACUGCUUGCUGUCUAACAUUGAUUUUGUGUUCAUAUUUCGCUUGAGUGUAGCAGAAAAUAGGAUCCCUAAGAUUCACUACAUUAGUGUCCUGUUAUGUAUUUUUAAGCCUGGAGAUUCGAGAUAAAUUUUCAUAAUGAACAAAUGUGACUAAAUCUGACUAAACCAUUAUGGUUUGUACUCAGCUGACCCCUUACAUCUGGCUUUUCAGGAAAUAUAGAAAUCUGUUCUCUCACAUCACCGUGCAUUGCUGUAAUUUCAGAUGAUUGUGUUAACUUCAGUGGCUGUUUCUGAUCCAAGUGUUUGCUCAUUGGCUAGGCUGUGGGCUGCAUACAGUGGUGUGAGUUAUUUUUAAUAAAGUCUGCUGUAGUCUG